UCCCUUUGUCACUCGCAUGCACAUGCGCAGACAUGCACAAAAGCACACAGGCAUGCGCAUGCGCAUGGAGUUCUCCGACCAGCGGGGAAUUAGCCAUUUGGAAACUCAGUGUGGACCGGAGGAAAGAGCGCCAGAAGAGCUUGGUGCUCAUCCUUCCUCCAUCAUUUAUUUCUGCGCCAAGCAAAGAGUAGGCUUCUCCAGGCCCACAUUUCCUCCUUUGGAAAUUGGAGAGAGGGGAGUUGAUGUGGUGAAAUGUGAAGAAAAGCAAAGGGCAGUUUUGCUGGCGACUGGAAUACACUCAAAUAAAGACGUGACAAAGAAGAUUAAAAGGCCCAAGUUCACUGUGCCUCAGAUCAACUGUGAUGUCAAAGCCGGAAAGAUCAUCAAUCCUGAGUUCGUUGUGAAAUGUCCAGCAGGGUGCCAAGACCCCAAAUACCACGUUUAUGGCACGGACAUCUACGCAUCUUACUCAAGCGUGUGCGGUGCUGCGAUUCACAGUGGUGUGCUUGAUAAUUCAGGAGGGAAAAUACUUGUUCGGAAAGUUGCUGGGCAAUCUGGCUAUAAGGGGAGUUAUUCCAAUGGUGUCCAGUCAUUGUCCCUGCCACGCUGGAGAGAGUCCUUCAUCGUCUCAGAAGGUAAACCCCAAAAGGGUGUAACCUACCCAUCGGCGCUCACAUAUUCAUCAUCUAAAAGCCCUGCUGCGAAGACAGGCAAGUAUGAGGCCACGAAAGCCUACCAGAAGCCACCAGUUCCAGAAACAACCGCACAGCCAGUCACCCUGACGCAGGUAAUGGGAGCCACUGCGACCGGAGCCGCCCACGCCAGCCUGCCAAAGCCGUCCCCAUCUGCCGGCUCCACCAGCAGCAGCCUCAGACCCCAGCCCGUGGGCCUCAGGAGCGGGGAGCUGGAUCUCUGGGCCACCAGCACCUACACAAGCGGCCAAAACAGCCCCCGCUCGGAUCCAGGAUUUGUUCCAAAAGAAGAAUUAAGCACACAGGCUUUGGAGCCGCUAUCCCAGGGAGAUCCAAAUUGCAAAAUUGACUUGGCAUUUGUAAUUGACGGGAGCUCAAGCAUUGGCAAACGUCGGUUCCGAAUCCAAAAGCAGUUCCUGGCUGAUGUUGCCCAAGCUCUUGACAUUGGCCCUGCCGGUCCACUGAUGGGCAUCGUUCAGUAUGGAGACAACCCUUCUGCGCAGUUUAACCUCAGAACUCACAUGAAUUCCCGGGAUCUGAGAACUGCCAUAGAGAAAAUCACCCAGAGAGGAGGGCUUUCCAAUGCAGGCCGGGCCAUCUCCUUUGUGACCAAGAACUUCUUUUCCAAAGCUAAUGGGAACAGAGGCAGUGCUCCCAACGUGGCCGUGGUGAUUGUGGAUGGCUGGCCCACCGACAAGGUGGAGGAGGCUUCGAGGUUUGCAAGGGAGUCAGGAAUCAAUAUUUUCUUCAUCACCAUCGAAGGCGCCACUGAAAACGAGAAGCAGUACGUGGUGGAGCCCAACUUCUCUCAUAAGGCUGUGUGCAGAACAAAUGGCUUCUACUCGCUCAAUGUGCAGAGCUGGUUCAGCCUCCACAAGACAGUGCAAGCCCUGGUGAAGCGGGUCUGCGACACCGACAGACUGGCCUGUAGCAAGACCUGCUUGAACUCGGCCGACAUUGGCUUCGUCAUCGACGGCUCCAGCAGCGUGGGGACAGGCAACUUCCGCACGGUUCUCCAGUUUGUGGCCAACCUCAGCAAAGAGUUUGAGAUUUCGGACAUAGACACGCGAAUCGGGGCUGUGCAGUACACCUACGAGCAGCGGCUGGAAUUUGGAUUUGACGAUUACAACACCAAGUCUGACAUCCUCAAUGCCAUCAAGAGGGUGGGAUACUGGAGUGGUGGGACCAGCACGGGGGCCGCCAUCAACUAUGCCCUGGAACAGCUCUUCAAGAAGUCCAAACCCAACAAGAGGAAGUUAAUGAUCCUCAUCACUGAUGGGAGAUCCUAUGAUGACGUCCGAAUACCGGCCAUGGUUGCCCAUCACAAGGGAGUGAUCACGUACGCAAUAGGUGUCGCAUGGGCUGCGCAGGACGAGCUGGAAGUCAUUGCCACUCACCCCGCCAAGGACCAUUCCUUCUUUGUCGACGAGUUUGACAACCUGUACAAAUUUGUCCCCAAGGUCAUCCAGAACAUUUGUACAGAGUUCAACUCACAGCCUCGAAACUGAAUUCAGAGCAGGUGAAGCACUGACAGAUGCUGCUUUCCCGACUGGCUCUGGGACAACCCCAAUGCAUUAUGGGGCAGUAAGGCGUGUAGGGCUUGGACAGUGGAUGUGCUGUGAUUGUUUUCUGCCUGUGUGGUUUUUCAUACUUUGAAACUUGGAGUGAGAAAGAUGAUCAGAAACUUAUAGAAUGAGGCAAAAUGAUACAUCAUUUUGAGGGUGCUGGGGAUUUACAUUUGGUGAUUAUUUUCAAAAUAAAUGUUCAGAAUCGAGUGCACAACUUAAGACAGGCUUCACUAGAGCUUUUGUGAGAUUUUUUCCAUUUUUAUUUCUAAUUACGAUUCUGUAACCCUCAACAAAUUUCAUUUUUAUCAUAACAAUAGAGGAGUAGCUUCAUUAAAUGUUUUAAAGGAUUACAUGCAAUCAUUCUGACCAUAUCAUGGCUAAUGUUCACAGGGUUUAUGGCAGGACCACCCUCCGCUCUUCUCGUUUCUCAGAGCACCUGCUAUGCACCCACCCCGGCCCAUGGUAACAAUACAACCAUGGGGGUGCAGAGAAAGUGUGGCAGCAGCAUAGCCACUCCUGAUUUACCUCCCUCCUCUCUAUUACCUGAAUCACUGUGUGCCUGCAUCCUAUAGCGUUAGGAGUUGAGGAACGGCCCUGGAGGACCACGGUGAUCUGGCCUAACACCAGUGCGUGAGGCUGCUCUUGGCCUGAGCUGCACCUUAGACUCUCUUAGAGACUAAAAUGCUGGUUCCCAGGCUCCAUUCCAAUAGCUAUGGAAUCUGGGUCUUGGGGGGUGGAGCCUGAACACCAGUAUUGUUUGAAGAGCUCUCUGGCGAUACUGCUAUGCUGCCACUGAUUGAGAACCAUGAGCUGCCUCUGAGGGGUCAGUGUUAUAGGUGUUUCCUGGGAGAGCCCCUGUUUGUGCCUGCUGCCUUGUGUCCUAUUCAGUUUUAGCAUUUGCACUGCAUUUGUCGUUAACCAGAUAUGAUCAUUAAUAGUUGCAUUCAGAUAAGCCAGGAUGGGGUUUGGUUGAGCUCCACUUUCUACUUCCAGCUCCUGCCAAGGACUCAUCUGUUAGGAUAUGAAAUCCGUGUGUAAUGGGGGAGUGUUCCAAAGAAUCCUUAAUAAAGAUGACUUACCUGACAAA